ACACUGGGUUUUUCAGUGAGCGAAGUGAGAAAAUUACACUCACCCAGGACACACCUCCUCCUUUCAUCAACUUGGAAAUGGGGAACUAUGUUGUAACUACCAUACUCAUUCUUCUCUUCCAUUUCAGCACUCUAAUCAACGUUGUCUUCUCUUGUCCGUACUGUCCAUACCCAACUCCAAAGCCUCCAAAGCACCACGACCAUCCAAAACUCCCACCCAAACAUCCUCCAAGAGUGAAGCCCCCAAUUCACAAACCACCAAAGCACAAUAACCCUACUCCUACCACUCCAUGUCCACCUCCAAAGUCACCAAAACCAAGACCUCCCUAUGUCCCCAAGCCUCCAGUAAUAGUGCACCCACCCUACGUCCCAAAACCACCAUAUGUACCUAAGCCACCGGUUGUUAGACCACCAUAUGUACCAAAGCCACCGGUUGUUACACCACCAUAUGUACCAAAGCCACCGGUUGUAACUCCACCAUAUGUACCAAAGCCACCAGUUGUAACUCCACCAUAUGUUGUUACACCACCAUAUGUACCAAAGCCACCGGUUGUAACUCCACCAUAUGUACCAAAGCCACCAGUUGUAACUCCACCAUAUGUACCAAAGCCACCGAUUGUGACACCACCAUAUGUACCAAAGCCACCGAUUGUGACACCACCAUAUGUACCAAAGCCACCGGUGGUUACACCACCAUAUGUGCCGAAACCGCCGGUUGUGACACCGCCAUAUGUACCAAAGCCACCAGUGGUUACACCACCUUAUGUUCCUACACCAUCACCACCAUAUGUACCAAAACCAUCUCCACCAGUUGUGACACCACCAUACACACCAAGGCCGCCCAUUAUUGUACAUCCUCCGUACGUCCCGUUGCCACCAGUUGUACCCACACCGCCCAUCAUCUCACCUCCUCCAUAUGUACCGACGCCACCGGUGGUUACUCCACCAACGCCACCAAGUGAAACACCGUGUCCGCCACCGCCACCGCCACCGCCGGCGCAACCAACAUGCCCCAUAGACUCGUUGAAGCUUGGUGCCUGUGUGGACGUUCUUGGCGGACUCAUACACAUCGGAAUCGGAGGAAGUGCUAAACAAACAUGCUGUCCGGUGCUUGAAGGGCUUCUGGACCUUGAUGCUGCUGUGUGUCUCUGCACUACAAUCAGGGCGAAGCUUCUCAACAUCAACAUCAUCAUCCCCAUUGCCCUUCAGCUCCUCAUUGAUUGUGGAAAGACUCCACCAGAUGGAUUCAAGUGCUCACCAAAUUAAUCCAUUAUUAUAUUCAAAGGAGUAGUGGCGUCACUUUGGCAUUGAAUAAGGUAUUAACAACAAGAAUGAGAGAUUAUUGCUCAUAACAAGAUGCUGUGAAGAAAUUUUACGAAGUGUUUUUUUUUUUAAUCGUUGUUCUUGAAGUCGUGUGUUAACCUAAGUAGUGCUUGCGAUGGGCUGGCAUGCAAAAAGCUUUUCGUUGAGUUUUGUCUGCUUGUUUGUAUGAUUGCGUAUGUGGUUCACGGUUACGUACGCAGACCCGUGACUGCUUUGGGAAUUGUUAAAGUUAGUUCAAUUUUAGACUUUUCUUCUAAUUUAUCAGAGUGGGAAUUGGAAUUUCA